AUGAUUUAUUCAGCCAAAAGAUUCUUUUCUCUCGCUAAAAAACCUAGAAAUCCUAAUCAUAGGAGCAUUUAAAAGUAAGACUUAGAGUACUUUUAAUCUAUUUUAAGCGAAAGUGAAAUAAUUACAUCUGAUUUAUCCAAAUAUAAUGUCGAUUGGAUGAGUAAAUAUCAUGGAGAUUCUAAAUUAGUUCUCCUACCAAACUCUACUUAAAAAAUUUCUUAAAUACUUUCAUAUUGUAAUACAAAUAUGCUUCCUGUUGUUCCUUAAAGCGGAAAUACUGGCUUAGUUGGGGGUUCAGUACCACACUAUGAUGAAAUUAUUCUUUCCUUACAAAGAUUAAAUAAAAUAAUUGAUUAUGAUACUAAUAAUGAUAUUGUUACCACUGAAUCUGGAGUAAUAUUAGAAAAUUUAAAUUAAUAUCUUUCUUAAUUUAAUACUGAAGCUCCUUAUGAUUUAGGAGCUAAAGGAAGUUGCUUCGUUGGAGGCAAUAUAGCUACCCAUGCUGGAGGAAAAUAUUUAGUAAAGCAUGGACCUUUGAGAGGAUAUGUAUUAGGGUUAGAAGUUGUCUUAGCUAAUGGCUAAAUAAUGAAUUUGUUAAAUAAAAGUCGAAAAGACAAUACUGGAAUAGACUUGAAAUAGAUAUUUAUAGGGUCAGAAGGAAGUCUUGGAAUCAUAACAAAGGCUAAUUUACUUUGUGUUAAAAAAGCCAUAGAGAAAAAUCUUUUAUUUAUCAAAACAAGCAGCUUUUAAAAUAUCUUAUAAAUACAUAAUAUUGCAAAGAGCGAAAUAGGUAAGAAUUUGGCAGCUAUUGAAUGGAUGGAUAGCUAUGCUUAUAAAGCUGUGAUGGAGAAUAUUAAGACAGCAAAAGAUGUUUUUGACUCAUAGAAUAAGAUUGAUUAAUCAUAUUAUGUAUUAAUAGAAAUAAACACUAAUUUCAACAAAGACUUAGUUGUUGAAUAAUUUUAUAAUAGCUUAUCUUAAGUAGAGGGUUUGGUUAGUGAGUGUGUUUUAGCACAGAAUGACCAUUAAUUUGAUGAACUUUGGAAAAUACGUGAAUUAGUAGGUUCGGCUUGCGGACAUAUUGGAAAAGUGUUUAAGUAUGAUAUAAGCUUAAAUACAGCUUAAAUGGAUGACAUUACAAAGGAUUUAAGAUAAAAAUGUAUCGAUUUAGGGUUUACUGUAGGCUAUGGUCACAUAGGAGAUGGAAAUUUACACAUCAACAUAUCUUGCCUAGAUAAGACAAAAGAGUAGUAACUUGAAAACUAAAUUGAGCCAUACAUUUUUGAGUGGCUUUCAAAAAAAGGAGGAUCAAUAAGUGCUGAGCAUGGUCUUGGAUUAAUGAAAGCAGAUUAUCUCCAUCUAUAAAAAAAGCCUGAAGUGAUUGACUGCAUGAAAAAUAUUAAAAAAAUAUUUGACCCAAAUCUUAUCUUAAAUCCAUACAAAAUAUUACCUGGUAUCUGA